UGUUGACAGUUGCAAGGUGGUUUUGUGGUGUUAUUUUGAUUUUGUUUUUAGACAAUUCGAGGCGGAUCCAUUCAUUUCACCAAAUCCGUCAUCCGGACCGUCACCAUGUUGCCAAGGAAACCGAGGAGUAAAGACGAAUCCAAGCAAAUAGUUCAGUACGACAUGACUGGAUUUGUGAAGCAGUUCGACGACGACCGUCACUUCGGGUACAUUAAAGUGAAUAAGGCCUACCGUCGGGUGUUCUUUCAUAUUUCCGAUGUCUUGUUCCGGCCCGUGGAGGUUCGGCAAGCCGUGACGUUCGAUUUGUACGAAGGUCCGAAGGGGUACUUUGCCAAGUUUGUCGAAUCCUCGAAGCAGAAGAUCAAGAUGGAAGAUUCUGACUCCUCUGGUGAUACAGAAGAUGAACUCAUUAAAAGGGGAGCAACUGGUACGGUGAAGAAAUUCAACGACGACAAAAAGUUCGGGUUCAUUCGAGUGAACGACAGGUACAACCACGUAUUCUUUCACAGCUCAGAGGCAGUAGUCCAGUCCGCCAUCAAAGCUCAAGAUGAAGUGGUAUUCGAUCUGUAUAAGGGUUCGAAAGGUCACUACGGAAAGUCCGUCCGGGUAGUCGGUCACAGUAAAGCAAUCUCCCUGAGAAGGUAUUCAGACAACGAAUCACUUGAAGAAUAUCCAGAUAGUUAUGGAGCGAUGGGAUAUUAUGGCUACGACCACGAUGAAGUCGAGCAACGAACAGGAGUGGUGACGCAGUAUAGGAGUGACAGAGGCUUUGGGUUCAUAGAAGUGACGUCAAUGAACGAGAGGGUAUUCUUCCAUAAAUCUAAAGCAUACAAGCAUAUUCAAAAUGGAGACGAGGUUAGCUUUUAUUUGAACAGAGGUUCCAGAGGAUACUACGCGCAUUCUGUCGAAUUUCUUAAUCAUAGUGGGAGCGUUGCAUGCCACUACUAUGGUGAAUCCUGGAUUAGUUACGAAAUGGAUGAAGAAACAAGAACUUCCGACUCCGAUCACAACGUCCAGGACAGAGUUGACCGGGUAGAACGAGAAAGUGUCCGAGGGAUCGUAACGCAGUAUAAAGAUGAGCGUGGCUUUGGAUUCAUUGUAGUGAAGUCCAUGAAGGACAGAGUAUUUUUCCAUAAAUCGCAACUGUCGCAUCGCUCCGUCGAAAAUGGAGACGAGGUAACAUUCGAUUUGUAUAAAGGUUCAAAGGGAUAUUACGCGCAAUUCGUCAACAUGGUCAAGAAAUCCUCCAGCCAUGCCAGCGCGAGUUUGGAUUUGGAUGAAAUACAAUCACCAUACGAUGAUGAAUUGUACUACUGGGAUUAUGAUUCAAUCUUAUUUUUGAACAAUACAACGUUACGGUGUAAGAGGAGUAUAGCCCUUGACUGGUUUAGGAGUUACCUUCAGGGCAGAAAACAAAAUGUUUCUAUUGUCAAUUUCUCUUCUGCGAUGAUAAAUGCCAACAUCAGAAGAAUAGCGAGUCUCUUCCGCCUGGUCAUGUCUACCCUCGUACACAGUGAUGCUAUCGGAGUUGUUGUGGAGUUUAAACGAAAGGGCAAUUUUGGGUUUAUACGCCCAUCAGACAUGUCGGACCCUUGUCUUGAUGACAUCGAUGACGUGUUUUUUCAUAUCUCAGACGUUCCGAACAGAUCCAUAGAACCGGGGGACGAGGUAUGGUUUGAUUUGCAUUUGGGACCAAAAGGAUACUUUGCAAAAGAUAUUACGUUUCAAACUUCAGAUGAUGAGGAUUCCGUAUCAGAUUCCGAGGAGUAUUUUUUAGAGGAAGGUGUACAAGGGGUUGUUACGCAGUACAGAGAAAGAAGUCGUUUUGGUUUCAUCCACGUGAAUGACACUUACAGCAAAGUAUUCUUUCAUAUCUCAAAAGUUGAAGGGGAAGACAUCGAAGUUGGAGAUAAAGUGGAGUUAGAUUUGUAUUUGGGACCCAAGGGAUACUUUGCAGAAGGUAUCACGUUUCCAACUUCAGAUGAUGAGGAUUUCGUCGAGUCAGGAUCCGAUUCUGAGGAACUUAUUCAAAAUGGUGUUCAAGGGGUCGUAACGCGCUAUGGAACAAAAAGUCGGUAUGGAUUCAUCCGCGUCAAUGACACUUUCAACAAAGUGUUUUUUCAUAUCUCGGAAGUGUCGGGGGACUACAUUGAAGUCGGAGACGAGGUCGAGUUCGAUCUUUGUGUUGGUCCAAAAGGAUACUUCGCUGAGACGAUCGAGGUUCUAAAUUUGGAAUCGGGUGAUGACGAUUCUAAUUCUGAGUCUGACGCUGAUGACGAAACUGCUAAUGAGGAGACACUUCUAGCUAGUAACGCAUCUGGCGUGGUUAAGCGUUACCUAAACAGACGCCGCUUUGGAUUUAUUAAGAGUGAUCAUGGUGAUAUGACAUAUAACAAGAUCUUCUUCCAUAUUUCUGCAGUCUUGUACCAACCCGUGGCAAUCCAUGAUACAGUGCAAUUCGAUUUGUACGUCGGACCCAAAGGAUACUUCGCAAAAUCAGUCACGUUUAACUCUCCAACAAGGGUAGACACUGACUGCACUGAAAUAGGUUUGGGUCAAAACGUAGGGUCUCUUGGCGGCUACAAUCUUCUUCAAGGAACAGAGAAGAAAAACGAUCAUAAAGAAAGUACAGCAAAUUACUCGUCAUGUGCUGGUUCGACCGGUACAACAAACUUUGUAACCUCUCGGAUAUCAAGAGAAAAGGGGAACGCUUUCUUCAAGCAAGCACGUGAGCAUGACAGUGGCAAGAGCAAAAUGGCUUACUACCUUAAUGCUUUGGAGUGUUACAAGAAGGCUUACACAAGUUCCUCAAAGGAUGAGGAUUUGGUUUCAGCCGCUAAGAAUACUGGCACUACUUGUUGGAAGCUCGCUAAACUCAAGAUGGAGGAGAAUUCCUCUGAGCUGAAGGUGGUUCAUGUGUAUUUCAAAUAUACACUGCAGUAUUUCAAGAUCGCUUACGGGAAAAGGAGCUGCAUGGUGGACGAGUGGUCGAAUCAUCUUGAGAAAUCCAUCAAGGAAUGUCUGAACGACAUCAGAGCAUGGGUUGCACCAAGAAAUGACCAAGAACGAAUUCGUGUCCUCAAAGAGUUUGUAGACUACAUGCCAGAAAGUGGAGCUAAAGUCAGCUGUUAUCUUCACAUUGCUAAUAUCUACUUCAGAAAUGGAAAGGAUGCUAUCAAGGAAAGGGAAUACAAUGGCUGUCUGAGGUAUAUGGAUGACUGCGCCGCGACUCUUAAAGAAGCAAGGAAAAGUUGUUCAGACGUUGACCCGAGCUUCGAAGUAAACAUAACUGAUCUGGAGAAAGAUAUCCACCACCAAAGAGAUGUCGCUCAGAAAUGUCUUGCAAAGGUCAAAGAGGCACAGGAGCGUCAAACACAACGAAAGGAGGAAGCGAAGGAGAGGGAAAACGCAAAGAUUCAGCUGAAAGCCGAUCUAAAGAAAUUGGAAGGUUUUAAAAAGCUUACCCUUGAAAAAUUCAUCGAACGGGUGUACAAGCAGUGGCCUCCCAAGGGGGUUGAUAAGUCCAAGUUGCGCAGUCCAUCUUCCGCGUCAUCGAAGAGUUCGACAAGACGGCUCCUCAUCCAUGCCAUUGCAAUCUACCAUCCAGAUAAGGUGGAUAAGAAAAAGCAUGGCGUAAAAUGGCAUGUUUUGUGUGACGAGAUUACAAAAUGUCUGAAUGCUCUUCUUGCGGAUGUGAAUACAUAAAUAUGUGGGGAAAAGAAACAGCGCCACAGCAGAGGCGUCGGUCCCGCGGGAAAGCAGGGGGGGCAUCUUCCCCCAUUAAAAUAUUUUGUUGAGGGCAAAUAUAUCGACCCCCCAGGGAAAAAAGGAGAUAAAUAUUGUUAUGAAGAAGCAUUAAAAAUCUCUAUAAGACUUGGCAUAAAAUUACUAUCUUAGAUUUUUUCGACAACCCGAAAAUUUUUGACAUUAUUUUUCACUCCCCCCCCCCCAUCCGAAACAUGGAUUGCCGCCACCGCCUCAGAGUCAAGGAAGUUAAUGAACUUAAGUAUGUUGGAAGGAUAAAUAAGAUGGGUGUGCUGCUACGGGUGGGGUGUUGACAGCCCCUAUACAUUUUCAAGCAGUAAGAAAAUUUUUAAAAAAGAAAAUGAAGAAGAAAGGGGAAAGACGAAUAUAAGCAGAGUGGUUUUGGUCACGUAAACCUAUACCUAUGUUAUUCAAUUAAAAGUCCCCCCCUUCCCCCUUCGGAAAUUAUUCCAUGUAUGUACGAGUUAAUGUAUUAUUUAUAGACAUAUUAUUUUAUACACACCGUUAACCAUCAGAAAUGACAAAUAUAUUGUUUCCUUUAUUACAGUAUGACAUACUGGAGAGAUGUUAGCAUGUGACGCCACAUAAUACGGCAUUGCUGUUGAUUUCUUAAUACCAAUAUUUCUUUUACCUCUUUUAUCAAAUCCAACUUAACGCUAAUGUGGUUUUCACUUAAAAAGAAAAUGGACUAGCAAAUUGGUUCUAAUCAGUAGACAAAUGGGAUAAACUAAUCGGUUUGAGGAAACUGAAUAGAAUGGCUCGGGUUUGACAAGUUGUAUUUCAGUUUAUAAAUUCAAAUCUGUCCUACCAUUCCAAAGGGCCUAAAUCCAAUUUUGAGCAAAAUUUAUUUUUUUUUAAUAUAAAUGUAUGUAUCUUAGACGUGGGAAUCAAAUGCACCAUAUCGCAUUUGAAAAAAAAAUCUUUGGAGAAGGUUGGUAAAAAUUGAUUGCAAGUUUUAGUUUUAUUCUAAAAGGAGAUUAAUCAAACAGUUUUAUUCUAAAAGGAGCUAAAUUCGCUAUGUAAAAGGGUGACGAAUAUCUGAUGCAAGCCGUUAUCUUUUCUUUGUGUUUUCUUUUCUUAAGUCAUGAUUUCGGAGUAAUCUGAGCAAUAACCAGUUGGUUGUGGGAGUUCCAGGUGUAAAAAGAAAGAACCAUAUGGAUGUUAGCAUCCGGCCAUUUCUUUUUUAUUAAAUUGAAUAUUUUCCGAUGUCUUGUGUUUCGGCACUAGCAGUGGUGUGGUGGGGUUCCAGUUCUUUAUUUUUUCCAUUUCAUAGUGCUAGCUGUUUUGCUUGAAAAAAAAGUUUCCUUAAUCGACUUGAUAUUUCAUUUUAAAAAGAUUUAGGCAUGUCUUGCUUUUGCAUUGGGGAUAUUGUCAUUUUUGUCCUUGAAAGUAGCCAAUAUGUUUUUAAACAACGUCUUGUUUAUGGUACAUGUUUAAUAAAAGUUAAC